AUGGGUGACAAGGGAGGAGACAACCAUUCAGAAGUGACUGACUUCAUUCUUGUAGGCAUCAGAGUUCGUCCAGAGCUCCACAGUCUCCUUUUCCUACUAUUCCUGAUUAUUUAUGGGAUGAUUCUUCUGGGAAACCUUAGUAUGAUUGGCAUCAUUGUGACUGAUCCCCGGCUGAAUGCACCAAUGUAUUUCUUCCUAGGCAAUCUCUCCAUCAUUGAUCUCUCCUAUUCUACUGUUAUUGUACCCAAAGCCAUGGUCAACAUCCUAUCUCAGAAAAAGACCAUAUCCUUUGCAGGUUGUGUGGCACAGCUGUUCCUUUAUGCACUUUUCAUGGUAACAGAGGCCUUUGUUCUGGCAGCCAUGGCCUAUGACCGCUUCAUUGCCAUCUGCAACCCACUCCUCUACUCUGUUCGCAUGUCAAGAAGUGUCUGUAUCCAACUGGUGGCUGGUUCCUACCUCUGUGGCUGGGUCAGUUCCAUCCUUCAAAUCAGUGUCACAUUCUCCAUGUCUUUCUGUGCCUCCCGAGUCAUUGAUCACUUCUACUGUGACUCAAACCCGAUUGAAAAGAUCUCCUGUUCCAAUAUCUUCAUGAAUAAGAUGGUGUCAUUUAGUUUGGCUGUCUUCAUUAUUUUGCCCACAAUAGUUGUUAUUGUUGUAUCUUAUAUGUACAUUGUGUCCACAGUUUUAAAGAUCCACUCCAGUGAAGGAAGAAAGAAAGCCUUCUCCACUUGCAGCUCCCACCUGGGGGUUGUAAGUUUGCUCUAUGGAACUGUCUCUUUUGUGUAUCUCACACCUCCAAAUAACCCUGAACUUCGUAAAGUGGCUUCAGUAUGUUACAUUUUGUUCACACCUAUGUUAAAUCCUUUAAUCUACUCUUUAAGAAAUAAGGAUGUUAAAGAUGCCAUGAAAAAAGUUUUAUGGAAGAAAAAAGUUUUACUCUAA